ACACACACUACCCAUAACCCAGCUAGCCGUCUUCUCAUUUUUUCUUCCUCAUUAAGUUUUUCCACACUCACAUGCGUCUCAUAUACUCUAUGUUUGGAGGGUUGAGAUGAGAGUUGAAUCCCUCCCUGGUUUGGUAGUAGUAGAAUAAACCCUAGGAAAGUCAUCUGCUGGAUAUGUACAGAGCAAAUUUCAUAGGUUUUGUGUUGGCCGUGGCGUCCAGCGCCUUCAUUGGAUCUAGCUUCAUCAUCAAGAAGAAAGGACUCCAAAGAGCCGGCGCCUCCGGCUCUCGAGCUAGUACCGGAGGCUAUGGUUAUCUACGUGAGCCACUUUGGUGGAUUGGAAUGGUCACCAUGAUUGUUGGAGAAUUUGCCAACUUUGUAGCUUAUAUUUAUGCACCAGCUGUACUUGUGACACCAUUGGGUGCUCUAAGUAUAAUUGUUAGUGCUGUUCUAGCUCAUUUCUUACUGAAGGAAAAAUUGCAGAAAUUGGGAGUAAUAGGAUGCAUUUUAUGCGUUAUGGGUUCUACAGUCAUUGUUCUUCAUGCACCUGGAGAACAUGCUAUAAGUUCAGUGGAUGAGAUAUGGGCUUUAGCUACACAACCGGCAUUUCUUCUGUAUGCUGCAGCAUCAAUGGCAAUAGUAUUGGUACUGGUGUUGUACUGUGAGCCUCGCUAUGGGCAAACGAACAUUAUGGUCUAUAUUGGUAUCUGUUCUAUAGUAGGAUCAUUGACGGUAAUGAGCAUCAAAGCGGUAGGCAUUGCAAUAAAACUUACUCUGGAAGGAUCAAGUCAAGCUGCACACCUGCAGACAUGGAUUUUUGUAACGAUUUCAGUUUUGUGUAUAAUCUCUCAGCUCAACUACUUAAAUAAGGCUUUGGACACAUUUAAAACAGCCGUGGUUUCUCCAAUAUAUUAUGCGAUGUUCACAUCGCUUACAAUUGUAGCCAGUGCCAUAAUGUUUAAGGACUGGUCUGGUCAGAGUGCUAGCAACAUUAUUUCAGUGCUUUGUGGGUUUUUGACUGUGCUUUCGGGUACAAUGGUUCUUCACUGCACUAGAGACCCUGAUCCUCCUCCCGAUAUGUACACACAAGUUUCUCCUCAAAUAUCAUGGGUGGUCCGUGCCAAUGGUGAGAUUUGGAAGCAAAAAGACGAUGAUUUACAUCCUGAGUUUGUGGCAAUAAUACGGCAGGAUCAUUUCAAAUUUCCGGGUUAGUGUCCUUUUGAUUGAAUUCACUGCUUUCAAGAGAGUGUUGUCGCCUAUAUCAUCUUCCCUUCCAUCACAUUAGCUGCUCGAGGAUCAUUUUGUUUUUCAUGUGCCUCAUCUUUCAUGGUUGUCACUUGUUAUUUUUCAACAAAGGUGCCCAUUCCAGGUUUGAUAGACUGUUUUCCUAGAUGUUAAUCAUGUUUUUCUGAUUCAUAGUCUUGUAAUUCUUUCUGCAUCAGGUCUGUGAAUUUUCUGUAAAAAAAUGUAUUAGGUGUUGAUAUUAGCUAGCAUUGUAAGAAUGGUAUUUAUUCAAUUGAGUGAAAAGAAAAGUGUUCUUUGCUUUAACUGUUUAACCCUUUUUUUUAGCAUUAUUACUAGUGUUUUACUCGCACUGAAAAAAAAAAUGUUAUUAUGAAUUUAAAUAAUUUUUUUUUAAAUGAAAAGAUGUUCAAAUGUGCAAUAUAAUAAUGUAGUUGGACUUCCCAUAUAUUUGGUCAACUAUCUAUUUUCAUAUCAUACAAAAUUAAAAUAAAAAUAAUUGUGUAUGGUUAACACUUAAUAUAGUUCCUAAUCAUGUAUAAAUUUAGACAAAAUUUACCUAAUUAAAUUGAUUUAUUCCUAAUUGUAUUUCUUAUAUUUCUUAUAUAUUAUAAUUCCAACAUUAGAAACAGGAAUUAAAAAAUAAAAAAAAUCAAAUUAGCUAUAAUUGUAGAAACCUAAUAUAAUGGAGCGUUUGGUUCAUCUGAAAUAAGAGUAUUUGUAUAUAUUUCUCUCAUCAAUUCACUACACACUGAUCACAUAUAUAUACAUCUAAGAAUGGAGACAAAUGGGGACACUUUUCCUGAAAAUAAUACACUAACUACACUCCUGGAAACACUCCAGGAAACACUCCAGAUUUUGCUCCAUAAUAUUUCACACUCCCCCUUAAGCUGGAGAAUAUAAAUUAUAUACACCAAGCUUGUUACAAAUAUACUCAACUCUAGGAGCUCUAAGGGACUUAGUUAGGAUAUCAGCUAACUGAUCAGCAGAAUUGAUGAAACUAGUUGUAAUACAUCCAAACACAAUCUUUUCUCUGAUGAAGUGGCAAUCAAUCUCGAUGUGUUUGGUCCUUACAUGAAAAACUGGAUUUGAGGCGAUAUGUAGUGCUGCUUGGUAUAUCUCAACGAAAAUAUGCUUUGGACAUAUUAGAGGAAACAGGUAUGCUUGAUUGCAAACCAAUUGAUACUCCCAUGGAUCCUAACGUUAAGCUUGUUCCGGAACAAGGGAAGCCCUUUCCAGAUCCAGGAAGAUAUCGAAGAUUGGUUGGAAAAUUGUUGUACUUAACAGUCACUCGUCCUGACAUUUCUUUCGCAGUUAGCACUGUAAGUCAAUUUUUGGCCUCUCCGUGUGAUAGCCAUUGGGAUGCUGUCAUUAGAAUUUGGCGAUACAUCAAGAAGUCACCAGGAACCGGGGUGUUAUACAAAGAUCAUGGAAAUACAGAGAUUAUUGGGUAUACUGAUGCAGAUUGGGCUGGGUGCCCUUGGGACAGAAAAUCAACAUCUGGGUACUGUGUUUUUCUUGGUGGCAACCUAAUAUCUUAGAGGAGUAAGAAGCAAAAUGUGGUGGCUCGAUCAAGUGCAGAGGCGGAAUAUCGGUCGAUUGCCUUGGGAACAUGUGAACUAAUCUGGUUAAAGCAUCUCUUGACUGAAUUAAAAUUCUGCAUCAAAGGGCCUAUGAAAUUGAUGUGCGACAAUCAAGCAGCCUUUCAUAUUGCAUCCAAUCCCGUCUUUCAUGAGAGAACAAAACACAUCGAGAUCGAUUGCCAUUUUGUUCGUGAAAA